GAAAUAAUAGGAAAGGGUUUGUGAUUGAAUUGGGGAUUUAGGGAUUGUGUACAGUAGAAACUAGAAAUGAAUUUGAAGAUGGAUUCUGAUAGAGCGAAGCUGUUUGUAGGGGGAAUUUCUCGGGACACCAACGAAGAUAUUCUCAAGCACCACUUCGCCAAGUACGGCACCGUUUCGGGUUCCACCAUUUCCAUAGACCGCAGCACCCGAAGCCCUAGAGGUUUUGGCUUCGUCACGUUCUCUGAUCUCUCUGCGGCUGAUAAAGCCCUUCAAGACUCCCAUGUUAUACUUGGAAGAACGGUAGAAGUGAAAAAAGCAAUACCCAGAAAUGAACAGCAACACCAAAACCAAUUACAUAAUAGAGGGGGAAGUAAUUAUAUUAGUAAUGACUGUAGCAGUGACAACAUUAGGACUAAAAAGAUUUUUGUAGGUGGUUUACCUGCUGGUAUAUCUGAGGAGGAGUUUAGGAAAUACUUUGAGAGGUUCGGUCGUAUAACUGAUGUAGUGGUGAUGCAGGAUAGUGUAACUCACAGGCCGAGGGGGUUUGGGUUCAUCACAUUCGAUUCAGAAGAAUCCGUUCAAAGCGUUAUGGUGAAAAGCUUUCAUGACUUGAAUGGUAGACAAGUGGAGGUCAAGAGGGCUGUUCCAAAAGACGGAAACCAUGUUUAUGAGGGUUUUAAUAAAUUAAGAUAUAAGAGUGAAAGAGGAGUCUCUAAAAGUUUUCCUCAUUAUAGUCCUAGGAACAUGCUCCCUGGCUUUGCUCCAAUGCCUUGGUAUGGCAGUGAUGGGGUAUAUGCGUACGGAACAAACACCUAUGGUUGCUGGUACCCGAUGGGUGGGUAUGGGGGGAAUGGAUAUGCAGUUCCAUCUGAUGCUUCUAGGAACUUCUGGUAUGGGCCCAUGAUAACUGGUCCUCAGACAUGUCAGGUGCCUUAUGCCAAUGCUUCACCAAGUUUUGGAUAUGUGGGUGGUAGGGUUGGAAUGGUAGGUAAUGGUGCUGGAACCUGGGGGUACAAUGGCAUUCUUGGGUCUGCAACAAAUUUGAAAUUUGAUCAACCUUUUAAUGCCAAUGGAUUUGUUCCAGGCAAUGUGAGAUCACCUCAAGGUGUAAAGCAGGAUGUUGACUCUUCGAGUUUUAAAGGAAGCAAUGGUGAAAUUUCUAGUUAACAGAACUAAAGGGUCUUUGGGCCUUAAUUCAUGUUGGUAAAUACUUCCUGACUGCUACUUCUGGGCUAUGAAAGGUUGGCAUAUUCUUUGCUAGAUGUUGUAAGAGCUAGUCACUUUUCUUUUUUCUUGUUAGUUUUAAUUUGUGAAGAUACCUUUUUAUGUGUCAUAAAUAUGUAGAUUAGCAAACUGUCAUGUUUAGUCAAGGAGUUUUAUCAGUAGAGGAUUCAGGCAUCUGUAAAAUAAUUUCAUGCAAUUCCUUUUCUGUUUAUUCUUCCUUUAAUCUUUUUCACAGUUGGUGCUAUUUGCUUUCUUUGCAGUAGUUCUGUUCCCCUUCCACUAUCACAUACUGUUCCUUCAUGGGUUCCUUGCACCUUACUUCAUUGAAAUGC